AAUGUCCUUUAAUAAAAAUAAUUUUAAAAAAGAUUUAAAAAAUAAAUUUACUUCAUUUUCUUCCUCAAACCUUCAAUUAACCACCCAAAAACAACAAUUCCUUUCUAUCCCAACAACAAAAAAACAACAAAAAGUCCCAAAAUUAACAACAAAAUUUAAAAGUUUAGAAGAAAGAAAAUUAAAUAAUUUUGAAAAAAUGAGGCCUGUAGGUGUUAUUGUUGAAGGGAAACAAUUAAAUUUAAAUAAUCAACAACAACAACUUAAUAAUAAACAAUAUUUACAAAGACAAAAUGCUAAAAGGGAUUCAACAGUUGCUAUUGGAGAAACACCUCCCCCACCCCCAUUACCUAAUAGUAAUAGAGCAACAGAAACAACAACAGCAAAAAGUCCUUCUCGUAAAUGGACUUCUGCUUUUCGUGUUGUUCAAUCAAUGACUCGUUUUAGAAAUUUGCCGAAGAAACAUCAUUAUCAUUAUGGACACCAUCAUGGAGGGGCUGAGGCAGGUGGAAGUAGGGGAAGCAGUUUUUCUAGUUCAACUGAAUCUACCCCUACACGCUGUUUGGCUAUUCAAUUAGAUGGAACUGAAACAGAAAUUGUGGAUCCAGUUUAUUUGGCACUUAAACAAGCAACAUGUAGAUAUGGAAGUAAUGGUUCUCCUUUGGAUAUUAAUGGGGGAGGAAGUAAAACUGGAAGUCGUCGUGGAUCACAAUCAGCAUUAGCUAUAGCUAAUAACAACAUUAAUAAUGGCAGCACUCAACUUUUGUUCGAAUCAUGCACUCCAAGCCCUCGAAAUUUAAGUCAAACAUCAUUACAAGAUUCUGGUUAUGCUGGUGGUGGUGGGAAUGGGCUUCUUGGAUGUGGUUCCCGUUCUUUACUUGUUUCUGGUUCAACUCCUCAGUUACAUGGUUGGUUAAUUAAUAUAAAACCCCCGCUUAUAUCAAUUAACUUUCUACUUAUAUCAGCUCUGCUUUGUCACUCUCAAUUAAUAAAUUUUUCUGUUUUCACACCCUUUGGGUGUACUCUUACAUAUCUCAAUACUUCUUAG